AUGCAUCUGGGCCACGGCAACCAGUCCUUCACCACCGAGUUUGUCUUCCGCCCCUUUUCGUCCGUGCCUAUGACACAGCAGCUCCUCUUCGUGCUCUUCCUCCUGCUCUACCUGGCCAUCAUCAGCAGCAACGCCUCCAUCCUCUGGGUGGUCUGCACCGACCACACCCUCCACUCCCCCAUGUACUUCUUUCUGGGCAGCCUCUCGGGGCUGGAGGUGUGCUACACCACUGUGGUAGUGCCCCAGAUGCUGGUCAGUGUCUGGGAUGCCCACACCACCAUCCCUGGGGCCAGCUGCGGGGCCCAGAUGUUCUUCUUUGUGGCACUCGGCAGUGCUGACUGCUUCCUGCUGGCAGUCAUGGCCUACGACCGGUACGUGGCCAUCCGGCACCCGCUGCGCUACGCCCUCAUCAUGACACGACGGCUCUGCCGGCGGCUGGUGGUCGCCUCACUGUUCCUCGGGGGGCUGCUCUCAUUGGAGCUGACGGCCCUGGUCUUUGCCCUACCCUUCUGCAGUCGCCGGAUCAACCACUUCCUGUGCGAUGUGCCGCCCGUGCUGCGUCUGGCCUGCGGCGACACGCGCCUCCACCAGACUGUGCUGUUCAGCGUGGGCGUGGCUGUGCUGGCCAUCCCCUUCCUCCUGAUUUGCCUCUCCUACGCCCUCAUCACGGCUGCCGUGCUGCGCAUCCGCUCGGCCGAGGGCCGGCGCCGCGCCUUCCACACCUGCUCCUCCCACCUGACGGUGGUGCUGCUGCAGUACGGCUGCUGCGGCCUGGUCUACCUGCGCCCCAAGGCCGACUCAACAGAGGACGAGGACCGACAGGUCGCUCUGAUCUACACCUUUGUCACGCCACUGCUCAACCCCCUCAUCUACAGCCUGAGGAACAAGGACGUCAAGCAGGCCCUGAGCAGAGCCGUGAGGCGGGCAUUGGCAUCCCAUCCUCAGUGA